CGACACAUAAGCGACGCACCAAAGAAGUUGUUGCUCAGCUGCAACUGGCCGAGAUCAACUUGGCGAACUUUUAGGAGAAGUACGUAACCAUUUUGGGAGAUCGUCGAUGCAUCAACAACUAUUUGAAGAAUUUGCUGGAUAAACCUGUCUAUAAGACUGAGCCAUGGGACGAAUCUGAGCAGACCAAUAGAGUCCGCCACCUUGAGCCAGAGAUGAAUCAGGUCGUGAACACGUUCGCUGUUCUCCAUGUGGACGACCGACCACGACAUUACAUACCUGAACCAGUUAUGCCGAAGCCUAAAACUAGAGGAGCCUCCGACACGCACGACGAUGGUAUCAAAAUGCCUACGGCCGUGAUCGACAAGACUUCCAGUCGCAUUGAAGCCCCAGGCAGCUUGUCACAAUCAGCAUCGGACCGUGCUUUCAUUGUUGACGACCGUGCGGCGGAUGUCUUCGACGCAAUAUUCUUCAGCCCAAACAUCUCGGCAAGCCCGGGGGAAGUAGACUUCAAGGAAUUUCUGCACGCCAUGACCUCGAUUGGCUUCUGCGCAGAGAAGCUCUACGGCUCCGUCUGGCAGUUCUCGCCCAACAAAGACCUGUCUUUGACACAGGCUAUGCACGUCCAUGAGCCACAUCCAUCUCCCAAGAUCCCUUACUGGGUUGCGAGAGACAUCGGGCGUCGCAUGAAUCGGCGAUGGGGUUGGACCAUCAAGACUUUUGUGAGAACGUAGGUCAGGACUUAGAUACCAUUGUUAGACUAUUAAGCUUGGAGGAAUUGGUUCUGGUUAAUCAAUCGGAAAGAAGACGCAUGAUCUGAAUUGGUGGAAGUCGAUGGACUGUUUGUAUGUCAGCAACAUGAGAUCAAGGAUUGAUCUGAUGUGGGGAUAUUGGAAUGGAUUCAUGUACUCGGGGAAGGUCAUCACCGGUCUCCCCAAACGACACACUAUAGUGAUGUGAUCUCCAUAGUUCAAGAGAGCUCUA